GCCUUUCCCUCGGGCGAGGAACAGAAGCGAUCUCCUGCGCAUGCCCCGAACCAUCCCGGAGGGGCGGGACUGUGGCCGCGAGCAGGAGCGGGCGGGGGGAAGAAGGGGAAUUCCAACCUGUGGAACUUCGGGGGUCCGGAGGUCGGCUCCAUCCUAUCGACUGUGGACACUGCAAGGGGCGGGGCCCCCCGGCGGCUCAUGGAAUUGUCGGGGCUCUCAGGGUGCGGGAGGGGAAUGUCAGUAUGAGUGGGGUCCGGGACAUCCGAAUUUAGGAUUUUUUUUUUUGGAACCGGGAAUCGAAUCAGGACCUUGCGCUUGCCAGGCAGGCGCUGUGCCGCUGAGCUGUGUCCCCGGCCCCGAGUUUAGGAUCUUGAGGCCCUCGGGGCUUAGGCACCGGGCAGAGGGAGCUUGGGCCGCCAUGCGGGACAGGACGCACGAGCUGAGGCAGGGGGACAACAGCUCGGACGAGGAGGACGAGGAGCGAGUGGCGCUGGUGGUGCGCCCGGGCACGGCCCGUCUGGGGAGCCCGGACGAUGAGUUCUUCCAGAAGGUCCGGACUAUUCGGCAGAGUAUGGGCAAGUUGGAGAGUAAAGUCCGGGAGUUAGAGAAGCAGCAGGCCACCAUCCUGGGCAUGCCCCUUCCGGAGGAGAGCAUGAAGCAGGACCUGCAGAACCUGCGCGAUGAGAUCACACAGCUGGGGAGCGAGAUCCGAACACAGCUGCACGCCAUAGAGCCUCAGAAAGAGGAAGCUGAUGAAAAUUACAAUUCUAUCAACACAAGAAUGAGGAAAACCCAGCACGGCGUCCUGUCCCAGAAGUUUGUGGAAAUCAUCAACAAGUGCAAUGCGGUGCAGUCCGAGUACCGGGAGAAAAAUGUGGAGCGCAUUCGCAGGCAGCUGAAUAUCAUCCAUCCUGGAACGGUGUCCGACGAGGAACUGGAACGGGCGUUGAACAGCGAGAAGAGUGAGGUGUUCAUAUCCAACAUACUGAAGGACACACAGAUGACUCGAAAGGCCCUAAAUGAGAUCUCAGCUCGGCACACUGAGAUCCAGCAGCUGGAGCGGAGUAUCCGGGAGCUUCAUGAGAUCUUCACUUUCCUGGCUACGGAGGUGGAGAUGCAGGGGGAGAUGAUCAACCGGAUUGAGAAGAACAUCCUGAGCUCAGCGGACUACGUAGAACGAGGGCAGGAACACGUCAAGCUAGCCCUGGAGCACCAGAAGAAGGCGCGGAAGAAGAAAAUCAUGAUUGCCAUCUGUGUGUCCAUCACGGUCGUCAUCCUGGUCGUCAUCAUUGGCAUCACCGCAGCGAUCUGAUAACAUCACACGUCCUUGGCACCAGGAGCACCAGGGACCCAGGGCCCGGCCCUCUCUCCCUCCCAGCAGCUGCGGGGCCGGGUGGAGCCUCCAGCGGACCCUGUCCUCGCACUGGCCCUGCAGGGGGCCAGCGGCUCUUCUGGAGUUGGCAGCUGCUCAUUCACGGGGGCGUUUCCCAUUAGGCCACUCCCAGGGCAAAGGCCCACAGUGUCCUGUUUGGCUAGGACGCAUGGUUUUAUAAAAAAUUAAAAAAAAAAAACAACUUGCA